AUGGGCAUCAAGGGGCUGACGAAGCUGCUGGCGGACAACGCCCCGAACGCCAUGAAGGAGCAGAAGCACGAGAGCUUCUUCCUCGUUGUGGUUGGGAGGAAGGGGACUCAGAUGCUCACCAAUGAGGCUGGUGAAAUCACCAGUCAUCUGCAAGGCAUGUUUUACUGGACGAUUAGGCUGUUAGAAGCGGGGAUAAAGCCAAUCUACGUAUUUGAUGGUCGACCUCCUGAUUUGAAGAAGCAAGAGCUUGCAAAGCGGUACUCCAGAAACACAGAGUACAAAAAUGCUUAGUGAGCUCUGUAUUUAUUGUGUCUGCAGUCUCAGAACAAGGAAGACAGAGAGAAAUUCAGUAAAAGAACCGUGAAGGUGACAUAACAGCACAAUGAAGACUGCAAAAGACUAUUAAGACUUAUGGAUGUCCCAGUUGUUGAGGCUCCUUAAGAAGCAGAGGCACAAUGUGCUGCACUUUGCAAAGCUGGAAAGGUUUAUGCAGUUGCUUCUGAAGAUAUGGAUUCCCUUACUUUUGGAGCUCCUAUAUUCCUUCACCAUUUGAUGGAUCCCAUCUCAAGAAAAGUUCCAGUUAUGGAAUUUGAAAUUUCCAAGGUACUUAGAAAAAUGAAUUUGGAUAUGGAUCAAUUCGUUGAUCUGUGCAUUCUUUUCGGAUGUGAUUAUUGUGAAAGCAUUCAAGGUAUUGGAGGGCUGACUGCUCUUAAGCUUAUCAGUCAACAUGGUUCCAUAGAAAACAUACUAGAGAACAUAAACAAGCAAAGGUGCUUCUUAUUCUCUGAUUUUGUCCCCCGACUCGUAAGCGAAAAAAGGCAGCCAAGUUUCUCAUUGUAA